GCCAGAAUCUGCCCAGACCACUUUCCAUCAGUAGAUUUUGGCUUUCGGUAUUCGACAUAUGUUGUGCUAAUCUGGAAUUGAUCUUCGUCAGUAGGUGAGCUCGGGAGGUCGCGCGGCGGAAUUGUGCCCGUAUUUGCUUUUGUCAGCCUCUCAACAGUCUGCUAGAAGCAAUUAUAAGAGAUCGGUCAUGGCUUUGACCACUGGGGUUGUGGCAGAUACACACUGCUGAGCAAAUGAUGGCGAUCCCAAGAAAACAGACAUCCCACAUCACAGUGUUUAAAAGGACAGCUCCUGCGGCCGUCACCUAUGAUCUUUCAAGGGCUGACAGUGUGACCAUCACUGUGCCUGUUUCAUCUACUUGGACUUCUGGUCCACACUGGCACGAGACUCAUACCGAAUUCCUUCAGAUCUUGCGAGGACGCGCAUUUGUCAGACUUGGGAAUCGAUGCGCGGUCUAUAGAGCGGAGGAUGGCGCAAUCGAAGUACCGAGAUAUACAGUGCAUGAAUGGCGCCGGAUUGCAGGAGAUGAGGAGCAAGAAGACCUCGUGGUCCGUGAAUGGACGGUGCCUGAGGACGGUCAAAAGGAAAUCUUUUUCCGGAUGCUCAACUCGUUUCUGACAGAAACUCAUCCCAGCUCCCUAUACACACCGCCCGCCAUGAUCCCCAAAUGGGUCCAGACCCGAAUCGAGCACUGGGUUGUGGCAUUGCAGUUGUUUUGCAUCUUUUGCUCCUGGGACAACUGGCCGGUAUUGAUCGGAGAGGACAAUGGAUGGGUCAGCUGGGCGGCGACACAUUUGGUGUUGAGAGUUUCGUUGGCGAUUGGAUUUGUGCUUGGGUUAAGAGGGACAUACAGUGCAUACGUCAAUGACGAGCUGCUACGUCGAGCCACACGGGUGAAUGGCACUCAGAAGACAAGAUGAUGAGAUAAUGAAACCAUGGCGCAGAGGUCUCGACCAGGUAUGGAGAUGUGGCAUACAAGUCGGCAGUGGAUAGAUGUCUUCUGCGAAUGAUGGUGGGAUUGUCGCACGUGUCAGCUGGAAUAAAGGCGUGGUGACACCCGCUCUCGUAAACAAUGGGCAGCCCCGGGUACUCAGGCGGAUAUCUACCUAGGUGGGUAUGGGUUCCUGCCAGCCCUACGAGAUUUAUUUUAGGGCCCAUUGUCGCG